UUGCGCAGCCGCCCGGAAGCUGGAGUGGGAGGGGCUAGAAAGUGAACCCAAAUUGAGGGGCCGUCUUGUGGUGCGCGCGCCUCAACAUCCGGGCAUCGCCCUUUUCACGCCCUCCGGUCCCUCCCACCACCCACCCUUUCACCCCCAGCGCCAACAGGAAGCGGAAGUGAGGAAUGCGUAUCGCCGCGGCCUCUUAGCAACGAGGGGGGUGUCAAGUGACACAAUCAGCUGACUCCGGUAGAGGAAGGCGCUGUGGCUGGGUCUGUGGCAACCGCGACUGCCCGGCCGGGAACCCGAGCCGAACAGUCGCCGUCAGAAUGUCGGGCAAAGACCGAAUUGAAAUAUUUCCCUCGCGAAUGGCACAGACCAUCAUGAAGGCUCGAUUAAAAGGAGCACAGACAGGUCGAAACCUCCUGAAGAAAAAAUCUGAUGCCUUAACUCUUCGAUUUCGACAGAUCCUAAAGAAGAUCAUAGAGACUAAAAUGUUGAUGGGUGAAGUGAUGAGAGAAGCUGCCUUUUCACUUGCUGAGGCCAAAUUCACAGCAGGGGACUUCAGCACCACCGUUAUCCAAAAUGUAAAUAAAGCCCAAGUGAAGAUUCGAGCAAAGAAAGAUAAUGUAGCAGGUGUUACUUUGCCAGUAUUUGAACAUUACCAUGAAGGAACUGACAGUUAUGAACUGACUGGUUUAGCCAGAGGUGGGGAACAAUUGGCUAAAUUAAAGAGGAAUUAUGCCAAAGCAGUGGAACUGCUGGUGGAACUCGCCUCGCUGCAGACUUCCUUUGUUACUUUGGAUGAAGCUAUUAAGAUAACCAACAGGCGUGUAAAUGCCAUUGAACAUGUCAUCAUUCCCCGGAUUGAACGUACCCUUGCUUAUAUCAUCACAGAGCUGGAUGAAAGAGAGCGAGAAGAGUUCUAUAGGUUAAAGAAAAUACAGGAGAAGAAAAAGAUUCUGAAGGAGAAAACUGAGAAGGACUUGGCGAAGCGGAAGGCCGCCGGCGAGGUGCUGGAGCCGGCCAACCUUCUGGCCGAGGAGAGGGACGAGGACCUUCUGUUUGAGUGACUUUUCCCGCUCCGCUUCUUCCAGAAGGCCGGCGUGUAGGGCCGCUUCAUGGGGCUUUGUUUCUGGCCUAAGAAUUUCACUGGUUGUAAAAUUCCCCUGGAAUCCUAAUUUACCAACCACUGAUCACAGAUGAGAUGUAGAGAACCUUCCCCGGGAACUUGUAGAAUUUAUUCUGCAGAAGUGUCACCUACUCCAUUUGUCACCUCACCAAGCAUAUUAGGAAAUUCCCCUCGAGCCAGCAGUGGUCUCAGGCCAGCUGCUGUCAGAGCAACUUCCAUUCCUCCCACUUACACACCUUGGCGCUGUUGUGAGACCGCUGCAGCCACCCUUGUGUAACCGUGCACUUCUCUCCUCAAGCUUUAGGAAGCCUUCACUUAUUUUAUUUUGCAUGACAGGUCUUUGUUCUGUCUGUUAUCGAACAGUUUUGCCAAUCUGAAUGUGACUAUGGUAUAAACAGUAAAAUGAUUAAAGAUG